AUGGAGCCCGCGCUGCGCGCGGCCGUCGAGGCCGUCCACGCCUCCCCCGUCCGCGCGGUCCUCCACGUCACCGGCGGCGCCGCGCAGUCCCUCGGAUGGGUCGCCGCCGUUCCCGGCGCGUCGCGCACGCUCCUCGACGCGCGCGUGCCGUACGGCCGCGAGGCGACGAUCGAGGCGCUCGGCGGGACGGAGCCGCGGCGAUACGUCUCGUCGACGACCGCGCGCGACCUCGCGGCGGCGGCGUACGCGCGCGGCGUCCGCCUCUCCGGCCUCGCGGCGGCGUCCGCGGCGGCGAACGCGACGCGGCACGUCGUCGGGCUCGGGUGCACGUGCGCGCUGACGUCGGAGAUUCCCAAGCGCGGCGAGCAUCGAUGCGUCGUCGCGACGCACGACGCGCGCGGCGUCACGGAGUACAGCCUGACGUUCGAGAAGGGGAGGCGCGAUCGGUGGGGGGAGGACGCGGUCGCGAGCCGCGUCGUGGUGCGCGCGCUGCUGGACGCGGCCGCGGAGGCGAGCGCGGAGGCGAGCGCGAGCGGCGACGUCGACCGAAGGUCAUCGAUCGACGCGUCGACGACGACGAUUUCGGCUCCGGACGAAGUCCUCGCGCCGUUCCUGAACCCGCCCGCGGACGUCUUCGCGAAGACGCGCGAGCGCAUCGACGACCACGUCGACUGGCUCGUCUCCGGCGCGGGGGACGUGCUCCAGCUUUCGAUGACCGCGCGCGGCGACCGCAGGGCUCAGCUGGCGGCGACGGCGCGCGGGGUCGUCCCCGAGAAUUUGCUCAUCCUUCCCGGGUCGUUCAACCCGCUGCACGACGGCCACCGCGGGAUGCUCGCGGCGGCGAUGAAGAUGAAGCCUGACCGCGCGCCCGCGUACGAGCUCGCGGUGACGAACGCGGACAAGGGGACGCUGCCGAUCGAAGAGGUGCGACGACGCGUCGACGCGUUGGAGCGCGCGUUGGAAACCGAAUUCGCGGCGUCGGCGUCGGCGGAGGCGGAGGACCCUCCUUCUUCCUCUUCGCCUCCUCCUCCUCCUCUUCCCUCGGUCGUGCUCACGCGCGCGCCGCUGUUCAACGCCAAGGCGGCGCUCAUGCCCGGGUCCGCGUUCGUCGUCGGGCACGACACCGCGAUCCGGCUCGUGAUGCCGAAGUACUACGGCGGCGAGGACGGCAUGCGACGCGCGUUCGAGGAGCUGCGACGCGCGAGGUGCUCGUUCGUCGUCGCGGGGCGCGUCGACGGCGACGCGUUUCGCACGCUGGACGACGUGGACGUUCCCGAGUGGGCGAGCGAUCUGUUCGAGGCGUUGGAGGGGUUUCGGCGCGACGUGUCGUCCACGGAGUUGCGCGCGCGCGCUGUUAAAAGUUGAUCGCGCCUCCCGCGGUCGACGAUGCGUUUUCAUCGGUGAUUGUGUAUUUUCAAACCGAGCGAACGAAAAUUAAUCGACG